UUCAGUAUUCUUCUCAGUUGUAACAUAAACUGCGACCGAUAAUGUUGUUUGUUUUUUUGAUAUUUUUUUCUUUUUGUUUACAUAAUAAUGUAAACGUAAAAUAAUCGCUUUUUCUACUGUUGACUUCAUUGAAAUUUACUUCAAUUUAGUCACUGUCUACCUCUCUACCUUGGACGACAUUAUUAGGACUAAAUGGACUGAUACGUGAAACUGUCGGAUGUCGAUGUAAUUUUGACAUCUAUUACCGUCGUGGGUAAAUAGUAAAAACUCUUAUUGUUUGGUAACGGAUGUAUCUACAGAACAACACGGUCAUUAUAGCCCAUACUCUAUAGAGUGUACUAGAGUAAAGAAACACUCUCAAAACCAUCUCGUCAACACAACAAUGGUCACAAUGUAAAACGUACUCAAUACUCAUACUUCGUUUCAUCGUUUCAAUAGUUUGAUUAAAAUGGCGGAAUAUGCAGAGUACCAGCAAAAAACCAUGGAUAAUGUUUUAAAUUUUAACUACGGUGUCGAAUUAUUCCCUGGUUCMAGUCAUAACCCAAUCAUUAAAAAAAAUACUCGAGAAGAAGCUUUGAUUAAAUUAAAAAAAUUGCUCAGGAAUAAUGGAUUUGCUUUUCUAGCCGAAAAUAAUAAAGAAGCAUUUAUACUGAUGUUCUUGUAUGCACGGAAAAUGAAUGAGAGUAAUGCAUUGGUUUUGAUUCAAAAUUAUUAUCAAUUUAGAAAGGAACAUGACCUAUGGUUUCGUCAAUUGGAACCUUUUGAUCCAAAAAUUCAAAUGGCUAUUCAAGAUGGUUUUCCUUCUGUAAUUUCAAAUUUGGAUAGACGAAGUCGUCGUGUUCUUUUUAUGGUUUGCUCCCAAUGGAACACUGAACGUUAUUGUUUACUGACUAUAUACAGAGCAUUAUUAGUAUCUCUGGAACAUUUGAUCCAAGAUGUAAAUACUCAGUAUAAUGGUUUUGUAUUUAUUAUUGAUUGGACCAAUUUUACUGCUCGUCAGACAAUGAACAUCAGUCCAAAGUUGUUACAUGUAAUGCUACAAGGAUUACAAGACUGUUUUCCUGCAAAAAUAAAAGCUGUACAUUUUAUCAACCAACCAUGGUAUAUUGAUGGCCUAAUGUCUGUCAUUAAACCAUUUUUAAAACAAAAAACAAAAAAUAAAAUUAUAUUGCAUGGUUUGAAUUUGAAUACCCUACAUAAAUACUUUCCAAGGGAUAUUCUACCUUCAGAAUUAGGCGGCGAACAACCUCCAUAUGAUUCAAGGAUUUGGUUAAAAAGUCUUUUAGGGUCUUCUUUGGGAGUUGAUUUAUAAUUUUAUUACUAUCAUUGAAAUUGAAUGCGCAUUAAUUUUCUUAGCGAGGACAGGUCUAAAUAUUUAUAAUUAUAAUAUAUAUUAUUUUAUUUAUAUAAUUCAUACAGAACAUUUUUAUUCUGUACCCAUUAAUUGUUUAAGUUUUUUUGUUACCGCUGCAUGUGCAAUUUUAGAUUACAUAUUCAGUGAUUUAUUAAUAUCCAACAUAGGUGGAGGUCUCAUUGAAUUUCAACUAUGGAAAUAUUUAUUAGACAAAUUAAUUAUUGGGUGAUAAACUGAUUUUAAUGCAUCACAAUAUUUAUUAUUGAGUUUAAUUUAAUGUUUUUUUUUUUUUUGUAUAGUUUUUAAUUUUUUAUUAUAAUUACAUACAGCUGAAACUGUGAUACAUUUUACAUCCAAAAUGACUUAUUCCAAUAUAAGUUAAUAAUGUAAUUAAAUUACAUAAAUAUGUGAUGUACUGAUGUCAGUAUUAAUACAUUAGAUGAAUGGUCCAACGGUGCUCUAAAUUAGUUAUUGUUAAUGUUUUCAAUAGACAUUUUAUUUUCAUUUGUUUUACAAUAUAUAUAUGUAUAUGUAUAUUUUUCCAUUGUAUUCGUAU